AUGAAGAUUACGGUUGAUGUUGAACUCCAGGAGAUGGAGUUAGCGAGGGGCUCACGCGUUCAACAAGCUUUAGAAUGUAUUAACCCUAACGUUUAUAUUCGUAUGGUUACAGACAAAAAUUCCCUUUCAGCCCGUAUCAAAGAAGCCAUUCGAGAGAAAAAAUAUGAGCAGAUUACGGCUGAAAUUUUUGAUCGUCUCAGUUUUACUCCUGUGUUUGACGACUGUCUUGACAUUUUGUGCUCUGAAGUUUUUUUUAGUACUCAGCGUUUCGAAGACGGACAUCUUCUUCAACCCUUUAUUACUGUCAUAUGCCGGCUUCCAGAACCAUCGAAAGAAAAGAUAAAAAACGAACUUUCCCAGAGAAUCAUGAGCUUCCUUUCGAAGCCCCAGAGACUGGAUUGCAGCAGACGACCUCUCUUACCCUAUGCUGAGACACUUGCCGCCAUGACAAAAGCUGAGCUUUUGAGUCUUCGUAGUGUUGUGAUGACUAUUAUACAAAUGAUUCGCAUGGAUAUUACUCGCACUGCUGGUAUAACCUGCCUUGGAAAGCUGGUGGAGGUUGCAUACGAACCCCUUAGGCAGUGCGAUUCACCGACACUCGAGCUUCUUCGCACUACUGUGGCUAGUGCACAACGAGAUGACUCUUUUUUGUAUGAUGUAGAGUAUAUUAUGGAUGCCUUUGGGUGGUCCCAAAACAAGCCCGUACUUAGCAUCGUUCGGUAUGGUACUCACCAUUCUCAUCCUAUUCUUUCUUUGGCUUAUUGUGGCGGCUCAAACUACCGGGAAGCGGUUGUCACCUCCUCGGUGGAUGGGACCAUCGGUACGUGGGAUCGUACUGGGACCCUCACCGAGAACAUUGUGCUCGCCAGACACUAUGCCGCGUCGCUAGACCUUGCAAAUCGAGGUCGUACCCUUAUUGUCGGCAUGGUGUGUGCAAAUCCUAGUAUUCCACCGGCAGUUGUGUUAUAUAGCGAGGAAGGAAGCUCUCGAGAGUCCCACUGGGAGGAAAGCGGCGCAGUAGAGCCGAAGAACGCCCGCUUUAUUACCUCGGUUCGGAGCCUUCGCAAUGCCGGGACCGUUCGUUUUGGUGUCGGUGUUAGUACCUCAACCUCCAACCCGUUGCUUCUCUACGACCGAACGCAACUGUUGCAGGAGUAUCACGACCACUCCGACAUCCUCACCGCGAUGCACGUCCCUUCCGAUCGCGAUACAACGAUCAUCACGGGCUCUCGCGAUCGUUCGAUUAUUAUUUAUGACGUCCGCACCCGGCAAAGUGUGUCCAGCGUGACGCACCACUACAGCUCCGUAUCGGCAAUCGGUACCUGUGGGGACUACAUUUUUACUGGCGGGCUGGAUCGCCGUAUUGUAGUGGAUGACAUGCGCAUGUUAGGCCACCCUCUUGUGCGUGACAUGGACAGCGCUAUACUUAGUCUUUCCAUCAACAAUUCCAUGCAGUGUGCAGUGUCGACACUGACUGGUAUAUAUCUCAUCUCCUUUUCAAAUGGAGUCCAUAUCCCAGCCACCUCUCGCGCUGAUAAUGGACCCAACUCAACUUCCUAUCACGCAAUUUCAUGGAAUAGCACUGGAAAUAUUCUAUAUGCAGCCGGUGAAAGCAUGUCUUUAGAUAUCUUUGCACGAGCAUACGCUGAUGGUGAUACGUUUGAAGGCGCUUGA